UGUAUGCACUCACUAACUGUAAGUUGCUCUGGAUAAGAGCAUCUGCUAAAUGACUAAAAUGUAAAUGUCUGUAGAAGCGAACCAUUUUUCGUGAACUGGGUGAUGUACCUAAUAAACAGGCCACUGAGUGUUUAUCUCUCUUAUGCGUGGGAAUACUUUGGAACAGAUUUCCAAAAUUAAAAUAACUUGGAGCUGAGUUGCUGGUGUUUUUAGUCAUUUAUGUCGAACAAUUUUUUAAAAAGUAUAAUUUUUUUUCUCAGAAAACUUGGGGAGCCAAAUAAAAUGACCCCAGUUGGGGAACCCUUCAUAAAUGUAAAUUCUUAAACCAUUACCAUGUACCUAUGUUUGUCCACUGUUGCAUGCCUUUCUUUGUUUGCUGAAAUCCAUACUUUUAAAUAAAACGUUAAUCAAAUACAUCCACCGAUGGCAACUCAACAAGGAAACAGUCGGUGGUUGUUUUUGAUUGCGGAAAUCCAUAUGUUUUCUAUAAAACAAAGAAAGGCAUGCAACAACAAAGGACAAACAUAGGUACACUGUAAGGGUUUAAUAAUUUACAUUUUGAAGUUUCAACUGCAUAGCGUCUCGAAGGUGUCGGUGGUUAUUUUACAAAACUAGUCUGCGCUCAACUCCAUGGAUGAUAUCAUCGUGUAGUUAAGCUGAAAAGGGACUUGUAUUCCGCAUCCAGAUGGAGGUGGAAGAAGCCACCAGUGAGAGAACUCUUCUGAGUCUCCUCUUCCAGCUGCCAACUGAGUACCCCCACUGUGUCCCAGAAAUAUGUGUCAGCUCUGAACAGCUCUCCAGGAAACAGUGCCAACACAUCAAGCAGAGUUUACUGGAAAAGGCCUCAGCACUGGAGCCAGAGCCCAUGGUUCAUGAACUACUGCUGUGGCUCCAACAGAACUUCACUGAACUCACCUCAAAUGAACAGUCCCAGGUGAAGGAGGUGCAAGAGGGUGGUGAGGAGGAGACGUGGAUAGCUCUUUUUCUAAUAGACCAUAUGAGGUCCAAAACUAAAUAUAUAAAGACAAUUGAAAAGUGGAGCUCGGAAUUGGGGCUCACCGGAAGACUGUUCUUGGGGAAGUUGAUACUGGUCCUUCUGCAAGGCGCAAGGAGGAGUAUCAAGGAAUACAUCCAUCUCCAGAGAACUGUGAAAGUAGACGUGGAUUCAUCAGGAAAGAGAUGCAAAGAGAAGAUGAUGAGAGUUCUUUGCGAAACUCAAGUCUCAGACCCCAAAAGGAUCUCAUCUUUUGAAGUCAAAGAGUUUUUGUCCCUCGAGGAGCUGAAAAGGGAGUUUGAGCAAGUUGGACUAUUAGAACUGUACCAAGAGUUUGUGCCCACAUUGCUGUAGCCAUCAUAGCUUUUGUCAAGCAAUGCUUUUCCAGACUGGUGCAGAUUGUGAACUUUAUACUUUCCGUAUGACAGUCAACGGACGGACUAAUCUAAACAUCUGAUUAACAUUAAAUUAUGGGUUACAUGUGUGCAUUGAAAAUGUAAAAGGUAAUCAAAAGGUGUUCAUUUGAUUUGAUUAUUUUGUCAUCUUUGACUUUUUUCUACCAUCCACUUGAUGGCGGCAAAGUCUACCAUCUGAAUCAGAGAUUUGUAAAGUUGUUUGUUUAUUUAAAUGUUUUUUUAUUGUCACACACUGGAUAGGUGCAGUGAAAUGUGUUGUUAUACAGGGUCAGCCAU